AUGAACAGUAUUGGAGGAACACUUGCAUUUUGGGGCUCUUACCAUAGAUGGUAUGAAAUUUGUUUCAAAGAGAAGAGGAAAAGCAAUGAUGAUUAUGAUGGCAGUGAUGAUAGUGAUAUUAAUGGUAAUGAUGGUAUUAAUAGAGGAUGGAUUAAAUCAUUAGUGUUUCCUUGUGCUUGGACAGGUGCUUGGACUUUAGUUGUUUUUGCUUGGCCGCUUGGUGAUUAUCAUAAUUAUGCACAUGUAUUUUUAGGAAAUGAUGAAAUGAUGCAAUUUGCUUCAUUUGCAGGAUUAGGUGGGUUAAACUUUAUUUUAUCAUGGGGAGGAAGUGUGAGCGCGGAUUUGAUCAAGAAAUAUCAAGAAAAUGAUUUGAUUGUUAGAAUUCAAAAACCAUCAUCGCCGUUACCAUCGCCGACACCAGAUAGAUACGAAGAUCAUCAAAAUUGUUGGAUAACAACAAUUGAAACCCCCCCCUCCAAAAUUUCGACUUCUUACAUACCAUUCUAUCAACAAAAUAUUGCAUCAUUUACACCAUCCAACUUAACCAGGGUUGGGUGUGUCAUCAAAGGAAAUGGCCCUUUUGAUAAUGAAGAUUACGUUAACAGAACGAUAGAAUUAGCGAGUAAUAACAAUAAACUGAUUUUGUGGUCAGAGAUAACAGGAGUUUUAACAGAACAGAAAGAUUUGGAUGAUUUGAUGGCGAACAUUAAAAAUAUUUCAGUUUCUUACAGCACUAUUAUUGGAUUUACAUUUCUCGAUGGUAUAGAAAAAGACAAAACUUAUAAUAGGUUGAUAGUUGUGACACCAAGUGGAGAAGUGGCAAUUGAUUAUAGUAAAUCUCAUUUAAUACCGAUGCCGACGACACUUGUAAAAGGAGACAAUCGAUUACAAACUUUUGAAUCAGAUGAUUUUGGAGUUAUAGGAGCGGCUAUUUGUUUUGAUUAUAAUUUUCCUGACCUGAUUGGACCAUCAGGAAUUCAUUAUUCUCGUGUAAAUGUUUUUAGAACAAUUGAAAAUGGAUUUAGCUUGAUGAGAUGUAGCAGAUACGGAGUAUCAGGUGUUUGGAAUUCCAACGGGCAAGUUUAUAAUGCAAUACCAACAUUAAGUAAUUUAACGAUAUCAUUUGAUUUUCCAUUUAAAAAACGCACUAAAACUGUUUAUGGGGUAUUUGGUGAAAGUUUGGGAUGGAUUUGUUUAGAUUAUGAGGUACAAAUCGAAGAUGCUGCAACUUUAAUAGAAAAUAUUGCAAAUGAUCAGAGAUGA